GCCUCUCCACAACAUUGCGAGGGGGAGUUGUAGCCGAAUUGUGAGACUCGAGGGGUAUAUACACCUCCCCGUCCGCGGCCCAGCCUAGAAGUUCCGGCAAAAUCCCCAAUCCCGCAGAGCACGUUCCCUCCGCCCCUCGUUUCCCCACCCACCAGCCUAGGGUUCCGGCGAGAUGAAGCAGCAGGAUGGAGCUAGCCCCGCCAAGAUGUUCAUUGGCGGGCUCUCCAGGCAGACAAGCAUGGGUACGUUCAAAGAGUACUUCGGGAAGUACGGUGAGAUAAUCGAUGCGGUAAUAAUGAAGGACCGCCAUACCCAAAAGCCCAGAGGCUUUGGAUUUAUUACCUAUUCAGAUCCUGCUAUUGUUGACAGAGUGAUUGAAGAUAACCAUGUCAUCGAUGGCAAGCAGGUCGAAAUUAAAAGGACUAUCCCGAAGGGUGCUGCCCCCCUGAAAGAUUUCAAGACAAAGAAGAUUUUUGUUGGCGGAUUGCCUACUGCUCUAACAGAUGGUGAAUUCAAGGACUUCUUUUCAAAGUUUGGAAAGGUGGUGGAACAUGAGAUCAUCUGUGAUCAUUCGACCAACCGGUCACGAGGAUUUGGAUUUAUAGUGUUUGAUGCAGAAAAAACUGUAGAUGAAUUGUUAGCUAAGAAAGGCAAUAAGAUUGAUCUAAAUGGUACUCAGGUGGAGAUCAAGAAGGCAGAACCAAAGAAACCCUCUAACCCACCUCAUUCACUUGAUAGCAAACCUAGGAGAUCUCCUUAUGCAGAUGGUUAUGAUGGAUUUGCCAGCCGUUACAACAAUGGUGGUCGCUUUGCCCCCUAUAAAUCACCUGGUUUUGGCGCUAGGCCUGGCAGCUACAGUAGUGCUUAUGUUCCUGGCAGCUACAGUAGUGCUUAUGUUCCUGGUGACUAUAGUAGCAGCUAUGGUGGUUAUGAUGGAGCAUUUGGAGGUUAUCAUGGAGAAUCGUCGCUCUACACCAGUCGUUUUGGUGGCAGUUAUGGUGGUGGUUUAGGUGGUGCAUAUGGGCGUGAUGCUGUGCCUUAUGGUGGUGGUUUAGGUGGUGCAUAUGGGCGUGAUGCUGUGCCUUAUGGCACUUCUAGCUAUGGUCCUAGUUAUGACUCUUCAGGUGCCAGUGCCGAUCCUAGUGUUAGGUCUGGCGUGGGUGGACUCUAUGGUGCUAGGGGAGGCUAUGGUAGCAGCAGUGGUGGUGGUGCUACUGGUCGCUACCAUCCAUAUGCAGGGUAAGCCUGUGGAUGGUCAAUGCUAGAUGAGAACUUAAGAGAUAUCACCUGCAGCUAGAAGAACCUUGUGAUCUGCUUAGUUUGCUACUCCAUGGUUGUAGAACUUAAAGACGUUGUUUAGUGUUUGAAAUUUAAACAUACUGAAGACUUGUGCAUGUUUCUUUCGGUUAGAUGCCAAGUUCCAUGUGAAA